UGUGAUUUAUGAAAUAAAAUAUAGUGUGUUAUGGACUGCACUGUCUCUUAAAUCAUUGAUGGGUCUCAUCGUAGGCAUUGUAAAAGAGUCAGUCUGGUGGAGAACCUGUAUAGGUUUAGUUCCGCUUUUUUCCAGCUCUUGUGUAUUAGAAUACUUCGGAACAAUCUACAGUCUUGGUGAAUGUAUAGGAAACCCCAAGUUACCAUCGGCACUGUUUGCUCUGCUGACCCGCUUACACAGACUACAGAAUCAGACCCUGAGCAUUAGAAAGUGUUAAGUAGGAUGCGCGGGAGCUCUUACGUAUCACGCACCCUGAACGGCGACAACGUGCAGGCAGCCUCUGAAUCAGCCUUUCAUCUCAGCUCAUCUGCCACUGGAACAAGUCAGAGAGGAGUUUACAGUGCGUUGCCUGGGCUCCGUAUAUUCCCAUACUAGUUUGUCUUUUUAAUUUUUGUUCUUGGACUUAAAUUCUUCGUCAGUGAUCAGCUGGUGAAGGCAACGAGGGAAGUUUUCGCUAUAACUGAGGAUGCUCAUCCAACGCUGACUGCUGAUCAGGAGCCUUCCUAACGUUUAGUUAUCCUACAGUUAAACGAAUGUGGAGUGCGUUUAGUAAAUUCGUCCCUUUCGUUUGUUCUUACAACUUGUAAAAACCGUGUUAUAUUCGCUUUCGUGAACUACAAUAAUGGCCGGAAUCUUUGUAUCAGGUGCGCUUAUUCUUUUCGCCCUGUUCUGGCCGUCCACCCAACCCAGCAGCCAGGUGCUCAACUGCCACGAAGUGCGUGCAUCCUUCCAGUCUCUUUAUCCAGGAAUGAAGGGGGCACCAGAAACGCCUGUGUCAGGCGUGGAUCUUCAGGUGUGUCAGCCCAAAGGCAUGACCUGCUGCACACGCAAGAUGGAGGAACGGUACCUGGUCACCGCCAAGCAGAACAUGGAGUCCAGUCUGCAGACCACCAGCACCCAGCUCAAACUCCUGAUCAUCCAGAAUGCCGCCCUGUUCCAAGAGGCCUUUGAUGUGGUGCUGCGUCUGGGCCGGAACACCACGCUGCUGAUGCUGCGGGAGGAGUUCCCCGGGCUGGGGGGCGGGGCCUCGAGUGCGGUGGGCCAGCUCUUCCUGGAGGUGUCCCUCUACAUCCUGGGCUCGGACGCUCACGUGGACAACAUGGUGGCCGGCUUCUUCUCGCGCCUCUUCCCCCUCGCCUACCGCCGCCUGCUGGGCGGCAGCGCCUCCCUGCCGCAGGCGUCCGACGAGUGCCUGCGGACGGCCUGGAGCCAGGGGCCCGGCGGCGGGGCCUUUGGCACCUACCCCAAGCUGCUGAUGACGCGGCUGUCGCGCUCGCUGCUGGCCACCCGCAUCUUCCUGCAGGCGCUCAACCUGGGCAUCGAGGUGGUCAACACCACGCAGCACCUGCGGGCGGGCCGGGAGUGCGGCCGCGCCCUGCUGCGUCUCUGGCACUGCCCGCACUGCCAGGGCCUGACGGAGGGGACGCGGCUGUGCCCGGCGCUCUGCCUGGGCGCGAUGCAGGGCUGCCUGGGGGGCGCGGCGGAGGUGCAGCCCCACUGGAGGAGCUUCGUGGACGGGCUGGGCCGGCUGGUGGAGGGCAUGAGGGGCGACCAGGACGUGGAGGACGUGGCCCUCGGGAUCCCAGCGCUGGUCAGGAGUGCACUCCGACACGUCACCGCCGCCGCCCACAGGACCCGCAUCAACACUGCGGUGACUGGAGUGUGUGCGCACUCACCUCCGCGGGUGUCGCGCUCCGUAGCUGUCGCCCCAGACCCCCCACGGGCUGCCCCGGCGUCGCGCAACCUCCAGUCCAUGAACUUUGACCCCGAGGAGACCCUGUCCGGUCGACGCAGGAAGUUCAUCUCCGGCCUGCGGGGCUUCAGCUCUUUCUACAGUGGCCUGGGGGAGGCACUGUGCAGCCGUGAGCCAGCCGCGCUCAACGACUCCCUCUGCUGGAACGGACAGGAAAUGACCGACAAGUUCCCUGGUCCAGGCCUGAGGAAAGUCUCCCAUGGCUCAGACUCCCGGAACAAGCCCCCGGAACCUGUCAUCAGCCAGAUCAUUGACAAACUCAAACACAUCAACCAGCUCUUGCGGAUGGUGACCGUGUCGGAGAAGCGCUGGCGGGCGAGACCAGGAGGGGGCGCCAUGAAGCGUGACCGAGGCGGGCAGAUGGGCGAGGGCACAGAGGGCACGGAGGGCCUGGCGAGUGGGGACUGCGACGAUGAGGACGAGUGCACUGGCGUUUCAGGGCUGGGCCCGCCCCCGCGACACAAGCAGCUACGCAUCUUCUCAGGCUUGGCAGAUAACCUGGCUAUUGAUGACUUCACUUUCCAAGAGCUGUUGCUGACGCCUCGGCUGGCUACUGACUCACACAUGGGUCCCUCGGUCCCCGGGAGGGCAGGAUCAGUGUGUGGCCCCAGCGUGGCCCUCCUCCUCCUCCUCCUGGUCCUCAUCACCCUCAUCCAUCUUCGGCAUUAGUGACCACCCCUGCUCCCUCACCACAGGAUUCCUUCCCUGGACACGAGGAGUUCGUCCAG